UCUCUCGACUCUCAAGCAAUUCUGUUAUCACCAAAGAGAAUCGCACAGCACAGUGCUGCGAGAGUUCAUUGCGCUGCUGUUGAGACUGCAGCAUCUGAUGCAGAGACAAAGAAGGAUAAGAGCACUUAUGAGCUGCAGACUUUGACGACAUGGUUAUUGAAGCAAGAGCAGCAAGGGAUUAUCGACGCAGAGCUCACCAUUGUGCUAUCAAGUAUUUCCAUGGCAUGCAAGCAGAUUGCUUCAUUGGUGCAGCGAGCGGGCAUCUCUAAUCUUACGGGUGUGCAGGGUGCUGUAAAUGUACGAGGAGAGGAUCAGAAGAAGCUUGAUGUUGUCUCCAAUGAGGUUUUUUCAAAUUGCCUAAAGUCCAGCGGGCGAACAGGGAUAAUUGCAUCAGAGGAGGAAGACGUACCAGUGGCAGUCGAAGAAAGCUACUCCAGCAACUACAUUGUGGUCUUUGAUCCCCUCGAUGGAUCUUCUAACAUCGAUGCUGCUGUAUCAACCGGAUCCAUCUUCAGUAUCUACAGCCCCAAUGAUGAAUGUCUUGCUGACAUUGAUCAAGACAGUAAUCUUGAUGAAACAAAAGAAAGAUGUGUGGUAAGUGUAUGCCAACCGGGGAGCAAUCUUCUUGCUGCGGGAUACUGUAUGUACUCAAGCUCAGUAAUAUUCGUUCUGACAAUAGGAAAGGGUGUAUACGCCUUCACAUUUGAUCCCAUGUAUGGGGAGUUUGUGCUGACACAAGAGGAGUUGAAAAUACCGAAGGCUGGAAAGAUAUACGCCUUCAACAAGGGAAACUACAUGCUAUGGGAUGAGAAACUGAGGAAGUACAUGGAUCAUCUUAAGGACCCAGAGCCUACAGGGAAGCCUUACUCAGCUAGGUAUAUCGGGAGCCUGAUCGGCGAUUUUCACAGAACACUGCUCUACGGUGGAAUUUAUGGGUACCCAAGGGAUAAAAAGAGCAAGGAUGGGAAGCUAAGGUUAUUGUAUGAGUGUGCUCCGAUGAGCUUUAUUGUUGAACAGGCCGGAGGGAAGGGGUCAGAUGGCUACGGGAGGAUACUGGAUAUCAAGCCUACAGAGGCAUGGGUAACUUCAACAUACAACGAUCAUUUUAUUUUAGAUAUUAAUGCAAUGGAUCUCUUCUCUUAUCCAUCUAACUUCUACGCGUUUAUCGACGACAGAUUCAUCAGAGAGUUCCUGGCCUGA